CACAGUCUAAGCAUGUAUACAGCUCUUGGUUUAGUUUUGGUGGCUCUGGCUUUCGUUCAUGUCAAUGGAAACUAUCUGGUUACUAUGGAAAAGAAAGAACUGAUUGAUGUAGUAGUGUGCAUUUCCGAAAGUAAAGAUCCUUUACUUUGUUCUAAAUUCGCAGCUUGCGAAAGGCUAAUGUCUCCUAGGGUACUUUUUGCUCUGGAAGAAUGUAAACGCGAAAUUGUUCCUGAAGGUAUUAAACGAUGCACGCCAUACUCGGUUGUUUUUGAGAAGCCUGAAAUUCCAGAGAAAAUAUUCGACUGCGUAGUUGAGAAAGUAGAAAAGCUCACUCUUCCAGAGAAAAAGAUUAUGUUGAAUUUUGAAGAAUGCACCAAAAUCUUGUUCGAAGAAGGAUGCGAAAAGAAGAAAGUGUGAAAUCCAUCGUUUUCGUCUCACUUUGUCAAGAUAAAUAGAAUUUUACUAACUUAAUGAAUUUACUA